ACACACACACACACACACACCAACUCGGGUGCCGUGCAGUGCGCAAGUAGAAGGGCCUCUUGAGCCCAUUUGAUGACAUACGCCAUGCCUCACCGCCAUGAACACCGUGACGGCGACCCUCACUACGACCUCGACUAUGGACAACGCCGCCCAACAUCACCAUCACGACACAGAGACGUCGAGGCAUUCGCCCACGCUCCCGUGCAGGGCCACGUCCACGAGGCCGGACUGAAUCCCAAGUCCGCCCUGACCCCUCGGUCCGAGCGCAGGCACGACAGCCGCCACGAGCGCGGCUGCUACCGAGAGCCGGACGGCCGUCGAGGAAGAGACGCCUUCGAUGGAAACUCUGUUGCCAACCCGCGGAGGCUCAGGUCGGCGGAGGGGCACAGGAGGCCCGAAACUCAUCAUCACCGCCCGCACCCACACCACCACCACCACCACCGUCGCCGGCACUCGAGCGCUGGAGGGUCUGCCCGGGACGCUUUCGUCGAAGCGGCAACUGCCGCGGCGGCGGCGGGCUUGCUAGAGGCAGUUCGGGCGCGGCACAACCCGAACCGGUCGACCCGCGCCGUUACGGCCGCCGUGGGUGCGGCCGCCGUGGACGUGCUCGUUAGCAAGGGGGAGUUUGGCAAGCGGGGCAGGCACAUUGCCGAGGGUGCAAUCGGUGGCUUGGCCGUCGAUCGUCUUGCGAAUGGGCCCUCAAAGGCGUCUUCACCUUGUUGAACUGCGAUUGCGACAUGAUGAUUGACACACAUCCUUCGGAGGCGCUGCGGAGUACCGGACUGGCUGGUCGGGAUGUGGGCGACGAGGAUUUGGAAAAUGUCUGCUCCUGCGACAACAACACCUACUACUACAACUACUACUAAUAGCACAACUGGGCCCCAGGAGUGUGACAGUCUUCUUCCCAACUGCUCCAUCGUGGAGCCUCAGCCGGACACGCCAGCCACCUCACCCUGGGCGAAGACGUUCGUCUGCCCCAUCGUGGAAUGCCGACACCUGCCAACCUCCAAUAGCUAGGCUUUUUAGACUUUAUUGUGUACCCGAAUCACGACAACGCCCUGCUGCCUCCCAAGCCAGAGGGAACACGUCUCGACAGCGAACCCGGCCGGUCCGGAUGUUCCGCCCAGUCGGUCCCCCCGUCGAGAGGCCCGGAGGAAGCAAGCAACGGUGGCGGCCUGGACUUCAGCCCGAGUCGCCGGCCGGACCGACCACGAGCGGGUCAAAGGUCGGGGGCCAGCUAUGUAGCGGCACGCAACAAAUUCCCAUUCCUCCACCCCCAGAUGAUCUUCGCUGCUGCCAAAGCCUUCGUCGCAAAGACGGCGAUGCUCCCUGUCGCGCCUCGACGGCGAUGGGAGCAACAGGUGGGGAUCGGGAGCGCCCAAGCGCGAAAUGAUGGCAUGGUGGUUUUGGUUGUGACCA